CUGCGUCAGCAGCUGCAGUAUGUGUAGCUGCUGGCUUUUAUGUGGUUUUUUUUUGGGCGGACCUCCGCUUUACGCGCCCGGUAAGCAAGUGGCUAAACAAACUCAAAGCAGGAAUGAGGUGUGUCCGAGACGGGUCUGUAUAAACAUAUCGCCUUUCACUUUCACAUGAUAUGAAGCAGAACGUACACAAUAGAUCAUUUGAUGCCUACCUGCGGGGGAAGAAGGCUUCAUGGAAUCUGCAAGAUUAAUAUUUCUACUUUUGCUGCAUCGUUCAUGUUCAGCUCUGGAUGUUUUGGCCCCUAGAACUCAUAGUGCUUUGAUCGGAUCCACCACUCUGGUCCCCUGCUCAUUCACAGUGGGCAGUCCUCCCAUAAACCCUCAGUUCCUGGCCAUCUUGUGGCAGUAUGGAGAGAAAGAAUUAGUAAGAUAUGACAACAAGGAGAAAUCUUCCUCCCCGAGGAUGUCCAUCGAUGAGAAGGAGGCCAAACAGGGCAAUGCUUCACUGACCAUCCACAAUGUGACCAUCGCUGACCAGGGGACCUACAAGUGUUUAAUCAUCUAUAGCCCUAUGAAAGGGAUGAAGGAGAUCCAGGUAGACAUUCAAGCUACUCCAGAGGUGACACUGAUGAAGAAGGCUCUGUCCAGGAGCGGCAAAAACCGAUUGCUGUGUCUGAUCACAAACUUCUAUCCAAAGGACAUUUCAGUAACCUGGUUAAGGAAUGGUCAGACCCUGGAAGGAUCGGAGUUAGGAACAUUUCAGACAGAUGCAGAUGGGACUUACAGGGUGAACAGCUCACUAAUCAUCUCCCCCACACAGAGCCAGGACCAUCCAAUCAUCACCUGCCAGGUGGAUCACGUGGCUAUCCCAGAACCUAUCCAAGAUACCCUCACCGUGCAGUAUGGAGUGGAGCCUGAGAUCACUCUUUUCUCAUCUCAUGAUGGCGAUAAGGAGAUAGUUGUGUGUGAAUUGAAGGGCUUUUACCCUGACACUUCGAAAAUUCAUUGGUUAUUAGAAGGGCAGAGGAUUGAGCCUUUCAGGAAGAAUGCAGAUGGCACUUAUAAUGAAUGGGACCAUUUCUUGAUUCUUGGAAACCAGAAAAGACCAAAAAACAUCUCGUGUGUGGUGCAACAUGAAACAUCAUAUAAUCCAUUUAUCAGGACUCUAACAUUGACAGAAGAGAAGUACUCCUGGGUUGUUGCUCUGGUUCUUACUAUUGGACUUAUAUGUGUAGUGAUUUCUGCAUUGGGGUUUAUUAUCCACAAGAAAAAAUACUUCCAUGGGUUUCAGCUAAGCAACAUUUGCGUAGCAGAUAGAUGGACCAAUGAUAAAGAAAAAAAGGUAACUAUGUGUUGUAUGGCCUUCCACUGCCCAAGGGAAAUCCAGGCUACUUGGACUGUGUUAGAGAAAGGCAAAAAGACGGUGACGGUAAGAGAUCAUGGGGCCCCAAGUGAUGAGGAACGUGGACAGUUACUGAGUGAUUACGAAGUGAGAACUGGCCAAUCACAGACAGAUGGAUUAUACAACGCCGUUACAUCACUUACCUUCACACCAACCGCACCAAGAGACCAGAAUAUGACAAUCACCUGCAGCUUCCUCUGUGAUGGGAAAACCAGAGAGAAGAGCGUGAAAUGGAGCUUACAUUCCGAUAAGUGUCCGAAGAUGGAUGACAUCAUAGUCCCAUCUUUAGUACACGGCAGAGAAGCCAAGCUGCAGUGUGAGAUCCAGGGGUAUUUCCCCAACAGUCUGGAGGUGAAGUGGUUACGGAGAGACGCAGAUAAGCCGGAGCUGUACGAAGUGUCUUCUGGUGAUAAAUAUAAGAUUCUAGAAAUGGAUGUUACACAGGAGCUUGAUAGGACCUUCUCCUGUACAGCAAGUCUCACUGUAUCCAUAUCAGUCAGAAAAGACCAGGGGUCAGAGUUCAUUUGCCGGGUGAAACACCCCAGUCUGGAUACCUAUCUGGAAAAAAGCACAGGAGAGCUAAAAGUGGCAGGAAUCCCGAUUAUACAGAGCAGUGUACAGGAUGAUAACUUUAUUGUACUGGAAGUGGACGGAGAUUACACAGAGGAUCUUGUGUUGACCUGGGAGGAAGCAAACAACGAACAUGGGCCAUACAAAACGAUUAAAGACAAAGAUAUCGAGACCACUAAAACUGAGAACAGCGAUGGCAGCUUCAAAAUCCUCAGUAAAUGUGACAUACCAAAUGUGUUUCUCCAUACAAAGGCCAGAUAUUUUAAAGCUACUGUACGGCAUAGCGCUCUGGAGUCUCCAGAAGAGAUCGUCUAUUACAACAAAGGUUUUAAGAAGUUGUUUGAAAAAGAAAAAAUAUUGUUGGAGCCAGUACCAAAGAAAAUGACAAAGUCCAACAAUGAUCUGAAAUCAAUGGACGACGUGUAAACCCAGUGGGAUAAAACAAUUUUUCAUGGAUACAGAAUUGAAAUUAAGCGGUAUUCAGAACCAAUAUAAGUCAUGGUAGGGACCAGUUGUCGCCUUGACCUUCAGUCUGAUAAUGGGGUCUUCAGAUAUCCUUUCAUUUUAAAUCUCCACCCCCCCCCCCAAUAUAAAAGGAAAAAGGGAUUUUAAAGUGGAACUUAGUCCAUAGGGUUC